AUGCCUUUGUUUACAAAGGCGGAAAUGACUGAACACAUUUCAAGAUCUGGAAAGACCAUUGCGGGUUUAGAACAUCAUUCAGUUCCGACAUCAUUACGAAAAGCAAAAACAUUUCUCGACGAUGAAUAUCUAUACGAAAUAAUGGCAACAAGUGAUGACAGAUAUUUCUACUUCCGCGCAAAAUGUUAUCAUAGUUUUAGAAAAAAUGACCCUCCCCAUGAACUAAAGAUUACUUUAUGUAUUGUUAAAGGAACCGUGAUACACAGUAGGUGCACUUGUGUCGCAGGCCAAGUAGGAUACUGCAAUCACAUUUCAGCACUAAUGUUAAAGAUGUGUAAGUUUAGCUUAUUUGAAGCAAAAAAACGACCAAAGAUUUGUGUGAUGAAAAUGAUAAAAAUCCAACUCUUGCUUGUACGUCAAAGCUGCAGAGAUGGCAUAAGAAGGGUGGUGGAGAAAAUAUCCAUCCUGAGCCAGCAAUGGACGUUGUUGUUAAAAAGACGAAGCUGGAAGAGCGCCCUGACAAUACCCGAG